AUGGAAACCACCAUCGAAGACUUCAAAGCUGAUGAAGGGCCGCAAAAUGUGUGGGACGCGUUUCAGGAGAACGAUAAACUGCGAGUUUUUGCGCUGAUUGAACAGCUGCACGACCUAUCGAUCUCGGCUGACGAUUUUGAGCAUGCCUAUGAAGAAUAUGCUGAAAUAUUCUCAAAGUACCAGGAGCAACCGCACUUGCUCGAUCGCAGUCUGGAAGAAAUAGUGAGCAAAAUUAUCCCCUAUCUGCAGGACGCCGGCGUCGAGGUGAUGCUCAAACACCGUGCUGCGAAGUAUCUAUAUCAAAUAUGCAAGGUGCGCACAUUUAAAGCUUUCGGCAAAAAUAUGCCCCAUGAGGUUCGCCAUUUACCUUCUGUGCUGAGCCUCGUAGAGCAGCAGGAUCUGGAGGAUUGGCAAAACUGGGAGACCAGGUAUAUUGGCAUACUGUGGCUGUCGCUGCUGGUAUUGAAUCCGUUUGAUCUAAGUCGACUGGAUACCUCCGAGGAAGGUUGUCCAACCACCAUGGAACGGAUCUACAACGUUUGCCAAGUGAAUUGCCUUAAGGAUGACAGUUGCACCCCGGUGGCCGCUUUCCUGGUGGCUCGUUUUCUUAUUAGAAACGACGUAAAGAAAGUUUGUCUCGAGAAAUUUUUUGACUGGGCGAUUGUAGUCAACGACGAGUACAGCGUGGAUGCUAAAAUAGGACCACUUACUGCAGUCGCUUGCAUAUUGAAGCACGGCAAACGGGAAGAUUUGCUUUCGUUCGUGGAGCGACUAUGUGAGUGGGUUCUUCAUCUGGACUAUGAGACAAUAUCGAAAAAUUUUAAAAUUUACAAAACAUGCAUAAAAAUAUGCCAACGGCUUGGGCUUGUACUGCUGCCUCCGAAAGUGGCCAAAUGGCGGUAUCAACGUGGGGCACGCUCGCUGCUUGCAAACGUACAGAAAACUGUCACACUAGCCUCACUGAUGGAGGUCCAGCAGACUGAAUCGAUUCCUGAAUGUACCGACGAGGAAAACGCCGUCGACGACGAGGAGGUGCCGGGGGAAAUCGAAGAAAUCAUCGAACGGCUGCUGUUGGGCUUGAAGGGGAACUCGACAAUAGUCCGCUGGUCAUCUGCCAAGGGCAUAGGAAGGAUUACCAACCGUUUGCCUAAGCUUCUGGGCGACGAGGUAGUUUCAUCGGUUAUCGAACUGUUGAAUCCGCUUGAGCAGGAUGAUGCUUGGCACGGAGCAUGCCUUGCUUUAGCCGAACUAGCUAAGCGUGGCCUGCUGCUUCCCUCCAGACUUGCUGAGAUUGUUCCACUACUAUUGCAGGCCUUAGUAUACGAUGAAAUGCAAGGUUAUCGUAAUGUAGGACAGAAUAUACGUGAUGCCGCCUGCUACAUGAGUUGGGCUUUUGCCCGUGCCUACCACCCUUCCGUACUGCAGCCGUUCGUAGAACGCAUCGCUUCGGCUCUGCUCGUGACGGCCGUGUUUGAUAGGGAGAUAAACUGUCGUCGGGCAGCGUCCGCCGCCUUCCAGGAGAGCGUCGGUCGGCUAGGGAACUUUCCGCAUGGGAUCAGUAUUCUAACGACUGCUGAUUUCUUCUCGGUGGCAGUGCGUAGCAAUGCAUUUUUAAGUAUAAGCGAAUACAUAGCCCAGUUUGAAGAAUAUAAAUAUAAUCUCAUUGAGCAUUUAGUUACCCGCAAAAUAAACCACUGGGAUACCAACAUUCGUGAGCUCUCUUCACUAGCUUUAAGCAAUCUCACUAAACAUGCUCCACUGCACAUGCGGGACACGAUCGUACCACGCCUUUUUCAACUGUCCGAAUCAACAGAACUGAACACACGCCAUGGAGCUGUGCUAGCGCUAGGAGAAGUGAUAAGUUCUCUCCAAAAAAUUUCCGCUCUUGGCACCAAUGCGGACGCCAAACGAGAAAGCUGCAUAAGUGCGGAUAUCGGCGAACUAGCUGGUCAGCUGAUUGGCAAGUAUCGAGAACGUGGCCAGUUUAAAGGCAUGAGUGGCACCUAUAUGAAGCACGCCUGUGCCAGCUUUAUUCGUAACUGCAGCGAAGCUAUGUUACCCCUGACAAAGCGUGAGUACGUUGAAUCUUGGCAACUUUUGCUUGAUGAAAGUGUUAUCGAUGAGAAAGCGUCAACACGAGAGCAAGCAACACAAGCGUUUUCGAAGUUCUGCGCAACGUACUAUCGUAUCGAACCAGAAGAGCGAUUGGGAUGCCUGAUAGAUAAUUACAUCAAGGACCUGCUUGACACUCAAAUCGAACACAAAGCUCAAGGCAUUGUGUCUGCUCUCGGUGCGCUACCAUUGUUCGUCCUCGAGAUACGUUUGCGUGAAAUCGUGCAAGUGAUCGACAUCAAAACGAUCGUCCCGGAAAUGUAUGCGGUCGGAUACAAUCACUCCGAAAUGCGUAGGGAUUGCAUUCGGGCACUGAUGAGCAUUGUUGACACGGUUGGAUUCACACAUUCGUCUUCAACGAACGAGAUUCUGUGCGGUCCCGUCUACGGUUGUUAUCUGAGGGCCCUCGAAGAGUAUGCCUUGGACAAUCGUGGCGAUAUUGGUUCGUGGGUGCGUGAGGCAAGUAUCAACGCACUGUACGCAUUCUUAACCAAGUGCCCGGCCGAGUUGAUGACGGUUCAUCAUGUGCAGAAUGCCAUGGUGGCCAUCGCCAAGCAAUCGGUUGAGCGUAUCGACAAAAUUCGUGCCGUUGCAGGGAAAACGUUUACCGCCCUUAUAUACCACGAGCCACAGAUCCCACAUUUGAAAGCGCGCGAGCGUUUGCAAGAGAUAUUUCCACGCGACACGACGGAAGUGCUCUGGCUCUUUCCGCAUCAUACAUUUCCACUAUUUAUUGAGCUGUUAAGCAUACCAGAGUACGUUGAACAUGUGUCCGCCGGCUUAAUUCUGAGUGUUGGUGCUCCGACCGAAUCACUCCACACCUGUGCCUCGAAAAUGUUAAACGACUACUUGAAAACGCACCAGUCGUUCGUGGAACCUUUUGGUACAGUCGUGCUUAAAAUCUUAAAGGAGAGAACUAUGAAAGAUCCCCUUUUUAUAUCGUCCACUUUUCAAUUCCUUGCGGAACUGCUCAGCUCUUCUACCAACUCGAAAAUUUUGCUGGCCGGCGCUGGAAUGCUAGACUUUGCCGAGCCCAUUUUUAAUCUAGUGAACAAUCUAGUGACUCAUACGAAGAAGCACAUCGAUUCCAUUCCAGUCUAUUGUGCGCUGAUGCUUGCACCGAAAAUAUGCAAACGCGUUCUCAGCAAGCUGGUCGUAUAUCUGGGCAUGGUGUGCGUUAACAUACGACGCGAAACUGCGCUGAAGAUGUAUGAAACUCUUCUGGUUUACGGUGACCAAACAUGCAUUCCAGAGGAAACCCUCGAUGAAGUACUCGUUUGCCUAAGUGAAGAAAAAUGGGACGGCGAGUUGGACGAAGCUCGUCAAAUCCGCAACAGACUGUGCACACUGAUGGACAUCAAAACGCCGGUGACUAAAAUUAAAAAAUAGAUACACUGGUGUUGGUUAGUAUUGAACAUCCCAUCAUUAACAUCUGCAUAGCACAUAAUAUGUAUCAAAACUGUAUGAACGUAUCUUACAAAUAAUAAAACAUUAAACUUAAUG